AUUUAAUUAAAUUAUUUAUGCAUUACAUUUUAAAAAUUUGAUUUCUUACAUAAUCUAAAAAGUUGCAUCAGAAAGCAUGGACAUUAAUACCUCUGUAAAUUGAAAAUGAAGUCAUGGACUCCUAUUUUUUUACAUUUAAAUGGACCCUCAUUACAUUUUGGAUUCCUCAUCGCUAUUAAUGGAAAAUGAAAAAGUUUAAUCAAAAUUGAUCAAAAAGAUUUUGAGAACAAACACAAUUCUGUAAGCCACAUAGAAGAGGCUUUGCUAACACUCCAUCUCAAUGAAGUAACAUGGAUCUGAAUUUGCGAGUAUUGAUUGAGCCUCGAGGAUUCAUUAGAGUUAUUCAACUUCUGAUGUCAAUAUUUGCUUUUGCCACCACAUCUGGUUUUGAUGCAACUACAACAUUUGAGGUUAUAUGUACAGGCUGGAGGAAAACAUAUCAUUACAAAUUUGAAUAUCCAUUUAAAAUGUCAUCAUCAGCACUUCGAGUAGCAAGUCAGUGUGGAACUUCACUAGAUAAUAUUACAAUUACAACAGAAUAUUUUCCAUUUGAUUUUUCUGGAAGUGCAGAAUUUUUUGUAGCUACUGGGGUGCUCUCAUUUCUGUACAGUAUUUUUAUAUGUGUGUUGUAUGUAUUUGCUCAUGGCCUGUACAGUACUAAUCCUGUCACCCCCAUUGUAGAUUUAGGUGCAACUGGUGUUUUGGCUAUAUUUUGGUUGGCAGGCUCAAGUGCUUGGUCUCAAGGAGUUAGUGAUUUAAAAUAUUACACCAAUCCAAGCAAUUUCUUUGAGUAUUUGGAUGUUUGUAAAACAUCUAAUACAUGCAAGACAGUAUCAAGUGGAAAUUUUGCUUCAUUAAAUGUGUCUCUAAUAUUUGGAUUUGCAAAUUUUUUCUUGUGGACAUCUAGUAUGUGGUUUGUAUAUAAGGAGACAUAUUUCCACCUUCAACGACAAUCACAGAUGGGACCAAAAUACCCAUCACCUCCACAAGAUGACUUUGCUCCUAAAAUGCAAUAUCCUAACCAGCAACAAUUUGUUCAACAAUCACAAAUGCCAGGACAACAAUAUAUACAACAAGGAUCUAAUUUUCAGCCUCAAUCUCCUGUUCAACAUCAAGAUUUGGGACAACCAAUUGGUAAUAAGUAUUAAGAAGGGAUAUUUUGAAUGCAAAAAAGGAAGUUUAAGAAAAUUUGGCACAAGAGGUUAUAAGAUAUUUAAUAGUAUUAAUUAUAAAUUACUUGAUUUAUUACAUUUUGUAAAUUAUUAUUAUUUAGUAACAUAUUUCACUACUAACAA